AUGGCUGACCUACCGCCUGUCCAUUUCCUGUCCCACGGGACGACGAUGCUGUUGGGGGAAGACUCACGGGUCAGGGACUACUGGCGGAAGAUUGGCCAGGACGCCUUGAACCAUGGCAUUAAAGGUGUCAUUCUAAUGGGGGCCCAUUGGUGGGUCGACGACAACAAGAUAAAGAUUGGCAUGAACCCAACGCCCAGCGUCAUGCCAGUGUCCAACGUUCAUCCAAAGCAUUGGAGAGAUUACAAACCAAACCCGGACCUGGAGACGGGCCGACGAUGCGUCGGAAUGCUCAGAGGCGCUGGCUUCGAAGUGGAAGAGGACCCCAAUAGGACCUGGAUGAUCGACGUGUUCCCCAUCCUCGUCGCCAUGUUUCCCAACGGAUGCCCGCCAGUCACAGUGGUGUCCCUGAACUCGCACUUUGACCCCUUUGACCACGCCCGGAUGGGGACAGUGCUGAGGCCACUACGAGAGGAGGGCUAUCUGUUUAUCGGCUCGGGAGGAGGCGUUCAUAACCUCUACCGUACAGAGUGGAAGUACAUGAACAAGUACAAGGAUAAUUUCGCCAUGGAACGGCCCCCCGACCGCGAGAACAUCGAGUUUCGAACCGCACUGGAGGACGUCAUUGUCAAGAACGGUGGAGGGCCCAAGCUUAGGAGGGGCCUGGCCAGGCUGAUGAAGCAUCCAUACUUCCGCGAUGCACACGGAACGGAUGAACACUAUAUCCCCGCCCUGUUCAUCGCCGGUGCCAUUGGAGAGCCAGAAGAUGAGGGCGCUGAAGGACUUCUCGGUGCAGAGCUUUGGGAACUGAGAAAUCAAGGUGAGACGCAGUUUACUAUUGGUAAAUGGACAAAGGGUAAAUACUAUGGAGGGUGGAAGAAGGCAACGGCAAUCACAGCUUAA